AUGAAACAACAUCUAGCUGGAACAAAGGGGCAUGUUGGUGCUUGUUUAAAAGUUCCUUUUGAUGUUCAAUACUUGAUGAGAGAAUCACUAAAAGACAUUGGGAUAAGGAAUAAAGAGAAGGCUGAUUCUAGUAAGCAUAAUACUCCCUAUGGUACUCCUGUACAUGGAUUUGAGGGAGAUAUGUUAAAUGAAGAUAGUGAAGAGUUUCGUCAAUUAGAAAUUCACAUAAAUGAAAGUAGUUUGGCACCUUUGGUGGAUGCUAUAGCUGCAAUUAGGCCUGGGUAUAAACACCAAAAUUAUCAUGGUUUGCGUGUCAAUUUGUUAAGAGAUGUUAAGAAGGAAGUGCAGCUUCUUGUUGAUAGUUACAGAAAAAUUUGGGAAAAUGUUGGAUGUACCUUAAUGGCUGAUGCUUGGACUGAUAAUUUACAUAGGUUAUUGAUCAAUUUUAUGGUGUAUUGUCCUAAGGGAGUUUGUUUUGUGAAAUCAGUUGAUGCUUUAGAUGUUGUGAAGGAUGCUGGGACAUUGUUGAAGAUGUUUGAGGAGGUAGCUUUAUGGAUUGGAGCAAAUAGUAUUGUCCAUUUUGUCUCAAACAAUGGAUCCAAUUAUAAAGCUGUCGGAAGAAUGUUCUCUGAGAAAUAUCCGAGUAUUACUUGGUCACCUUGUGCAGCACAUAGCAUAAAUUUGGUGUUAAAAGACAUAGCUGAGAUGAAUCACAUAGUUUAUCUUGCGAGACGUGCUUCUGAGGUGACGAAGUUUUUAUAUAAUCAUAUAUUUUUGAUAGCUUGGUUGAGGAAAAGACAGGGUUGGAAAGAAAUUGUUCGUCCGGGCGCAACCCAUUUUACUACAACUUUCAUUGCAAUGAGAAGCCUUCAUGAGCACAAACAUGACUUGCAAGCCAUGGUGACAGAUAAGUCAUUUGUCGAUUCUCGAUAUGCAAAAAGUAAUAAAGGCAAACAUGUUAUUGACAUAAUUCUAGAUAAUGAUUUUUGGGAUGAUAUGGGUAAGAUAUCCAAAGUUGUGAGUCCAUUGAUGUGCUUGUUGCGGAUUGUUGACUCAGAUGAGAAGCCUGCAAUAGGAUAUGUGUAUGAUGACAUGUACAAAGCGAAAAAUGCAAUUAAGAAGAGGUGUUACAAGAAAAUAAGUUUCGAUCCUAUUGAUUAUGAAAGUAUCGACAAAACUGAAGGUUGGAUAGUUGACGAUGAAGAAGAGGUCAGUGAACUUAAUUAUGAGGAGUUGGAACAAAUGUUAUAUGAAGAAGGAUCUAUUCCUGCUGGAGUUACCGAUCGCCAUUCUUUUUAUGAUUCAACCGAUGGUUCAGAAGAUGUUGAAACUUGA